AUGGAGGACACCGGUCUGUCUGCCAUCUCAGGCACCGCGUAUGCCACUGCGCAGACGCUCGUCCAGCAGGUCGCCUACGCCCUCUCGGACAGGCUGUUCACCUACUCUGCCGGCUUCGACCUCGACGUCGACCUCCAACGGUGGUCGUCGACGAGAGCAGCCAACGCGCGGGGCUAUCCCACGGCCGUCCAGCAGAUGCAGACGCGCCAGGGGGCCGGCAGCAUCGCCCUCGGCUACGUCUUCUCCCGCGACUUCGACCUCAGCAAGCGCCAUCUGCCGCAGUCGCUCAUCGCCUCCUCCGCCAGCCUCCAGCACAUGCGGCCGGCCCUCGAGCAGCUCUCGUUGCUCUACUCCCUCGCCAGCCCCCUCGUCGCCCACGUCGUCGCCGCAGAGUACGAUGCGGGCAGCAGCAGGCUGGCCUCAGACUAUGCAUCCGCCCUCUCGCUGGCAGAGGAGCUCGGCCUCGCCCUCGUCUGCAGCCGCUCCGCCCACGAGUCCCAGCAUAUGGCCCUCUUUUCCACCCUCCUGGCCGCUCACCUGCCCGUCGUCCACAUCUACGACGGCGGCAGGGUCGGCAGGGAGACCACCAGCCUCGUCGACGUGCUCGGCCAGGCGGAACUCGCUCAGCGGUCCGGCGCCAUACUCGCCAGGGCCUCGGGGCCGACUGAGAGGCAUCUCAGCGCCGAGGGGAAACUGCUGAACCUGCUGCAUGCGUUCAACGAGGAGCUCGGCACGCAGUACGCUCCCUUUGAGUACCACGGCCACCCUGAGGCCACCGCCGUUCUUGUCGUCUUUGGCUCCGUCGAGGCCUCGCUCGCCGGCCAGGUUGUGGCCUCUUUGGCAGGGCAAGGUGUCCGUGUCGGUGUAGUCAACGUCCGCGUCUACCGUCCCUUUGUCGAAGAAGCGUUCUUGAAGGUGCUCCCGGCCACCACGCAGACCGUCGGCGUCCUCGGACAGGUGCAGACCGAGCUGGCCGUCCAUGAGAAUGGGGUUCACGCGGCUCUCUAUGAGGACGUCCUGGCUGCCCUCACUUUUGGUGCCGGUCUCGCUGCUGCCCCUGAAUGUGUCGAGAUCAAGUAUGCCGUCUCACAGUCGUGGUCUCUGUCUGAUAUCUCUGCCGUCUUCCAACGAGUACUCCCACAGGGUCUCCUCUUGCCUGGUGUCUUUACCCCCAAAGUCCAGCAGUUUGUCGUGUUGGACGUUGACAGCUCUUCGUCCGGUGUUGCUGCUCUUGAUCUCGCCAAGGCUUUUGCUGCUGAUUCCACGCAGAACGUCGCCGUAAACACCAUCUACGACAACCUCAGAUACGGAGGUAUUGCUCGUACGGAUAUCAGACUCAGUUCCAGCACUAUAUCUACGCUUCCAGUCGACGGUGCGGCUGACAUCGUCUAUAUUGGUGAUGUGAAGCUUCUAUCAGAGCUAGACGUCCUUGCGUCUGCCGCCGACGGAGCCAAAGUCAUACUCCAUGCUCCAGGGCUCAAAGAUACAGACCUAGAUGUCAAGUUGCCUGCCGACUUUAGGCUCGGCCUUGCUCGACGUGACAUCUCCCUCUUCGUCGUCGACUCGUCCGCCCAGGACAGCUCGCUCUCUCCCGCCGUCUUCCACGCCGCCUUCCUCCAUGUAGCCUUCCCCGACGCCGGUCCAGAGCAGCUCGAGAAGCUGGCCCCUGGACUGACCGGCGCCGCCUCGUUCGACAAAGUGGUCGGAUCCAUCCUCCGCCAGAUCACUAUUCCCGAGUCGUGGAAGACGGUCGAAGAAGGUUCCUUUGAACUCGUCAAACAGGCGGCUGACCUCCAGCCCACCAGCUUCUCGCCGUUUGAUAAAGAAGAUGUCCAGACGCCACCGGUCCUCGGAGACUGGCAGGCCGCUGCAAAGGCCCUCGCAUUCAAGGAGGCAUACGACACCAAGGCCGCUCUACGGCCCGACCUAGCCACGAAGACCUUUACGGUGCACGUCAAAGAGAACAGGCGGCUCACCCCUGUCACCUACGACCGCAACAUCUUCCAUAUCGAAUUCGACCUCGGCGACUCGGGUCUCACAUACGAUAUUGGCGAGGCCCUGGGCAUCCACGGUGAAAACACGCCUGCCGACAUCAACAAGUUCAUCGACUUCUACGGCCUCAAUCCAAAUGACAUCGUUCAGGUUCCGUCAAGGGACAAUGUAGAUGUCCUGGAAAGCAGAACAGUCUACCACGCCCUGCAGCACCACCUCGAUCUCUUUGGCAAGCCGCCAAAGAGGUUCUACGAGUCUCUCGCCGAGUUCGCCUCAGACGAGAAAGAGAAAGCACACCUGCUCAAACUUGGCAGUGCUGAAGGCGCCGACGAGUUCAAGCGGCGUUCCGAGGUCGACAUGGUCACUUUUGCCGACAUACUCGAGGAAUUCCCUUCUGCCCACCCUAGCUUCCACGACCUGAUCAAGAUCGUCAGCCCGAUGAAACGUCGCGAAUACUCCAUCGCCUCCUGCCAGAAGGUCACUCCAGACUCCGUCGCCCUCAUGAUCGUUGUCGUCAACUGGAUCGACUCCAGGGGAACCCAACGCUACGGCCAGUCAUCCCACUACCUGAGCAAGCUCAAGCCCGGCGCCCCCGUAACAGUCAGCGUCAAGCCAAGCGUGAUGAAACUCCCACCACGCAGCACUCAGCCUCUCAUCAUGGCCGGUCUGGGCACCGGUCUCGCCCCCUUCCGCGCCUUCGUGCAGCAUCGCGCUAUCGAAAAGGCUCAGGGCAAGGAGAUCGGUGCCGUCCUCUUAUACAUGGGCUCUCGCCACCAGCGCGAGGAAUACUGCUAUGGCGAAGAGUGGGAAGCUUACCAGGCUGCUGGAGUGAUCACCUUGCUUGGCCGUGCAUUCUCUCGCGACCAGGAGCACAAGAUAUACAUCCAGGAUAGGAUGCGCGAGACCCUACCGCAGAUCGCCAAGGCAUAUCUACAGGAAGAGGGAGCGUUCUAUCUGUGCGGUCCUACCUGGCCUGUCCCUGACGUGACCAGCGUGUUGGAGGAGGCUAUUGCGAUGGAAGCUCAGCGAUCUAAUCCUUUGAAGAAGAUUGAUCCACGCAAGGAGAUCGAGAGGCUAAAGGAGGAAGAGAGAUAUGUGCUUGAGGUGUAUUAG